AUGGCAUCCUCAAUAGCAUCCCGCCGCCUCUUCCACGAAUACAAGCUCCUCACCUCCUCCCCACCGGACGGCAUCACCGCCGGCCCUGUCUCCGAAGACGACAUCUUCCUCUGGGAAGCACUAAUCCAAGGACCUGACGGCACGCCCUUCGAAGGCGGCAUUUUCCCCGCCGAGUUGAAGUUCCCCAAGGAUUAUCCGCUGAAUCCACCCACGAUGCGCUUCCUGGGGGAAGUGUGGCACCCGAACGUUUACCCCUCCGGCCUCGUCUGCAUCUCCAUCCUGCACGCCCCGGGCGACGACCCGCACCACUACGAAAAGGCCUCCGAGAGGUGGAGUCCGAUACAGAGUGUGGAGAAGAUAUUGAUCAGUGUGAUGAGCAUGCUGGCGGAGCCGAAUGAUGAGAGUCCGGCGAAUAUCGAGGCGGCGAAGAUGUGGCGGGAGAGGAGGAGUGAGUUCGAGAAGACGGUGAGGGAGGGGGUGAGGAGGAGUUUGGGGAUGUAG